AUGGUGGGGCCCCUGUCGGACGCCGGCGGUGUGGCCACGUCGUCGGGGGGCGACCGUGGUGGGAAGCCUGCGGUGGGGGCGGCGCGGGUGGCCGCGUGGCUGGACGCGUUCCCGGAUGGCUCCGUGUUGUCCGUCAGCUUCGGGACGCAGCAGGCGUUGUCAUCGGUGCAGGCGGCGUCCGUGGCGGAGCUGCCGCGUUCGUGUGGGCUCGUCUGCGUUCGUGUGGGCUCGACGGAGCUGCUGCGUUCGUGGGGUUCUCUGGGCUGUCGCCGGAACCGCCGGGCGCGUGAGCUUCGGCAGAUGUUCGUGUGGGCGGCGAGGACGGCACUACAAAGAUGCCGAGACGAGUUCGAGGCGAACCUGGCGUCACGCGCGUCUUUGGUGAUCCAUGGUGGGCGCCAUGGUGGAGCGGGAUCGGGGAUCUGGUCGCGCCGGCGGGACGAGAUCACGUUCGAUCGCCUCCAGAAGUUCUGGAAUGACUUGCCUCCUCAAGCACGGCAGGAACUCCUCAAAUUGGAUAAGCAAACUCUCAUUGAACAAGCACGCAAGAAUUUCUACUGCUCAAGGUGCAAUGGGUUGCUUCUGGAUAGUUUUGCACAAAUUGUUAUCUAUGGGAAGUCACUGCAGCAAGAAGCUUCAGAUAUUGGUUGUCUGAGGACAGCUACUGAGUCAAGAAUUACACAAGGAGAGCAAGAAGGGGCUCAGGACCUAUCAGUUCACCCCUGGGGAGGCCUUUCAACCACAAAAGAUGGUGUCCUUACACUUCUUGACUGCUUUAUAAAAGCGAAAUCAUUACGGGUGCUUCAGAAUGUAUUUGACAAUGCACAGGCAAGAGAAAGGGAACGGGAAAUGCUUUAUCCUGAUGCCUGUGGUGUAGGUGGCAGAGGAUGGAUUAGCCAAGGGAUGGCUAAUUAUAGGGGUCAUGGAAUAAGAGAAAUGUGUGCUCUACACACUGCCCACCUCUCAUGUGAUACGCUGGUGGAUUUCUGGUCAGCGCUUGGUGAAGAAACUAGAUCAUCUCUUCUGCGGAUGAAGGAGGAAGAUUUCAUUGAAAAACUUAUGUACAGGUUUGACAGCAAGAGAUUUUGCCGAGAGUGUCGAAGGAAUGUUAUCCAUGAAUUCAAGGAGCUCAAGGAACUGAAGCGCAUGCGAAGGGAGCCUCGCUGCACCAGUUGGUUUUGUGUUGCAGAUACUGCUUUUCAGUGUGAGGUGUUUGAGGAUGCCGUUGUAGUUGAUUGGCGCCAGUGCUUUUCAGAGCCAGAUGAAUCUUAUGAUCACUUUGAAUGGGCUAUUGGGACAGAUGAAGGAGAAUCCGAUAUUUUUGGCUUUGAAAAUGUUGGAAUGAAGGCACAAGUCCACAGAACUGGAAUCGAUCUUGAUCAGUUUGAGGACUACUUCAUAACACUGCGAGCUUGGAGGCUUGAUGGGCAGUGCACAGAGCUGUGUGUAAAAGCACAUGCAUUGAAGGGUCAAUCAUGUGUCCACCACAGGCUAGUUGUGGGUGAUGGCUUUGUGACUAUGACAAAGGGCGAAGGUAUUAGAAAUUUCUUUGAGCAUGCUGAAGAGGCCGAGGAAGAGGAUGAAGAUGAUGGUAUGGACAGGGAUGGAAAUGAUUUUGAUGGUGAUGGUGCCCAUCCACAGAAGCAUGCCAAGAGCCCUGAACUGGCAAGAGAAUUUCUUUUGGAUGCUGCUGCUGUAAUAUUCAAAGAACAGGUUGAGAAGGCCUUCAGGGAAGGUACAGCACAGCAAAAUGCACAUAGUGUUUUUGUGUCCCUUGCUUUAAAACUUUUGGAACAGCGAGUUCAUGUAGCAUGCAAAGAAAUCAUUACGUUGGAAAAACAGAACAAACUUCUUGAGGAAGAGGAGAAAGAAAAGCGUGAAGAACAAGAGCGCAGGAUAAAGAGGAGAACAAGAGAGAGAGAAAAGAAGAACAGGAGAAAAGAAAGGCUGAAAGAAAAGGAAAAUAAUAAAGGAAAAGACUAG